AUGACCUAUGCUUAUCAAAAUAUCAAGGGAGAAAGUUCAUUUGUUUAUCGAAGUUGUCAGCGGAGAAAUCAACCUAUUACUAUCAAGGUUAUAAACAUAAUGUCUCAUCAGCAACCAUCAACUAAAAGAGUGAAAACUCUUUUUUCCUUCUUUAAAAAGAAAGAUGGUAUUAAUGAUGAUCAACAAACUGAGGUAGCACAAACUUCAAUUCCUAAUGUGCAGGCUUCUGAAACCGUGAUCAGACGGAGAUAUCUAAAAGCAGGGCCUUUUCAACCAAAACUUUCUGAGUAUCUUGGGACAGAAGUUAGGGACCAGCAUCGUCGAUUUCAAUAUGCUUGGUACAAACAAUUUCCAUGGUUGGAGUAUUCUCCUUCUAAGGAUAAAGCAUAUUGUUUUCCGUGUUUCAUCAUUGAGACUAAAAGUAGCUCUGCUUUAGUUAAUGAAGGGUUCAACAAUUGGAAGAGAGUUAAUAACGGUGAAAAAUGUGCAUUUCUUGUUCAUGUUGGGAGUGUAUCCUCAUCACAUAACAAUUGUGUGAGAUGUGUCCAGGAUUUAAUGAAACCAACUCAACAUAUUGACAAGGCAAUCAAUGCACAAUCAAAAGAAGAUGUCAUGAAGAAUAGGUUGCGCCUAAAGACAACAAUUCAGAGUAUUCGUUGGCUUGCAUUUCAGGGAUGUGCUUUUAGAGGCCAUGAUGAAUCCCGUCAGUCAUUAAAUCGAGGAAAUUUUAUUGAAAUGCUACAGAUGAUGGCUACCUUAAAUGAUGACAUUGCAAAGGUUGUAUUGGAUAAUGCCCCUCAAAAUGCCAAAUAUACUAGUCCACAAAUACAGAAGGAAAUCUUGAACAUUCUUGCUAACAAAGUGAGAAUGAUGAUUCGUGAGGAAAUUGGGGAUGCAAGUUUUUGUAUUCUUGUUGAUGAAGCACAAGAUGAAUCUAAAAGAGAGCAAAUGGCCAUUGUGUUAAGAUUUGUUAAUCGCGAGGGCAUUCUAAUUGAGCGUUUCUUUGAUGUUGUGGGUGUUAGUGAUACUGCAGCAGUUACGCUAAAAAAAGAAAUUUCUAAUAUUCUUAUAAGGUAUAAUCUCCAUGUUCACAUGAUGCGUGGUCAAGGGUAUGAUGGUGCUAGUAAUAUGCGGGGUGCUUGGAAUGGACUUCAAGCAUUAUUUCUCAAAGAUUGUCCAUAUGCAUAUUAUGUUCAUUGUUUUGCUCAUCGACCACAACUAGCAUUAGUGGCAGCAGCCAAGGAGAUGCCUUGCAUUUGGCAAUUCUUUUCACAUCUUACUUCCGCCGUUAAUCUUGUGGUUUCUUCUCCUAAACGCAUCAGUGAGUUACAAUCUGCUCAAAGGGAUGAGAUUGCUCUAAUGUUGGCUAAUGGAGAAAGACAAUCUGGUAGAGGAGCUAAUCAAAUGAGUUCACUACAACGAGCUGGAGCUACUCGUUGGAGCUCUCACUAUGACUCUGUUAGGAGCUUGAUAGAAAUGUAUGGUGCAUCAUGCAAAGUUCUUGAAAAUCUCAGUAAGAAUGGGGCAUUUGGCUCUAUACGUGGGGAAGCUAGUGGUGUUUAUGCAGCAAUUACGACAUUUGAGUUCAUAUUUGUCUUGCAUUUGAUUGAUAAAAUCAUGGGAAUCACAGAUGUACUUUGUCAAGCUCUACAACGUAAAUCCUUGGAUAUCUUGAAUGCUUUGAGGUUGAUUUCAACAACGAAAACUCUCCUUUUGAAAUUAAGAAAAGAUGGUUGGGAUACAUUUUUUGAGAGAGUGAAGUUAUUUUGUUGCCAACACGACAUUGAUAUUCCUGAUAUGGGUGGUCGUUAUAGAGUGCGUCGUUCUUGUCAACGACAAGAUCCUAUUACAGUUGAACACCAUUAUCACUUUGAUGUCUUCAAUGAGGUAAUUGACUUUCAGUUGACGGAGUUAAAUAGUAGAUUCAACGAGAAAACUAUAGAACUUCUUACACUCAGCUCUGCUUUGGAUCCGAGUGAUUCCUUCAAAGCAUUUAACAUUGAAGACAUAUGUAAUCUAGCAAGUAAAUUUUAUCCUCAAGAUUUUAGUUCACAAGAAAUCCAUGCAUUGAGAUGUGAGUUGGAACAUUAUCAGUAUGAUGUAAUACUCGAUUGUGAGUUUCAAACAGUUUCUACACUUUUCGAAUUAUGUCGGAAAUUAGUUAUAUCAAGAAAGUCACAGAACUAUUAUCUGACUGAGAGAUUGAUUCGUUUAGUGUUAACUCUUCCUGUUUCGACGGCGUCUACAGAAUGA